UGCUCCAUGUGACCUGCGAUUUUAAGUUCGUGCAAAACCUUUAAUUUGUUAAUUUUAAUUAGAUAGCUAUAAAUAAAAUAAUUGCACAACAGACUUGUUUACAAUAAAAUAAAUAAAGGUUUUUUUAUACAUCGGUAAAGAUGUCGAAUUUACUAAAAGAAAUUUAUGAAAAGUAUGCAGAAUUUGAAGCCUUCUACACUGGCGGUGAAAUUCAGUGGAGUUCAGAUGGCGGGCAGUUUCUUUGUCAGUGUGAUGAUGUUAUUAAAGUAAUUGAUGUAAAUACCUUUUCAAACAUUCUUAUAAUUGGUGAAGCAAGCGAAGAAAAAGAUGAAUCCGAUCAAAUAUAUACCUUCCAAUUGUCACACAACAAUGAUGUUGUUGCAACUGCACAUAAGAGUGGCCUUUUAAAGCUAUGGGAUAAGGCAACAGGACAACAACUUAAAGUGUGGAGAUCGGGACAUAAAGGUGCAGUAGCAAGACUUGCAUUCAGCAGCGAUGAUUCUAACCUUGCUUCGGGAGGUUCUGAUGGAAACAUACGACUGUGGGACUUAGCGCACAACACCUGUACUAACAGUCUCAAAGGUGCUUUAGGUGUAUUCACAGUUUUAAAUUAUCAUCCUGACGUUUCCAAGCAGUUAAUCUUUGGUGCAGCUGAUGAUACAAAAAUUUGGUCAUGGAAUUCAAGUAGUGGAAAAGAACAAACUAUAUAUUCAGGGCACUUCAGUAAAGUCACAUCUCUACUAUUCACUGAAGAUUAUAUGGUAAGUUCAGGCCGAGACAGGGUUUUGAUACUAUGGAAAUUAAAUGAAAGCAAAGCCUUAAAAGUUCUGCCAGUUUAUGAGAGCAUAGAAAGCACUGUGUUAUUACCUUCGACAUUUAAAAUACCAAACUUCACUAAAAAAGUGGGUACGGAAGGAAUAUAUGUUGCAUGUGCUGGUGAAAAAGGGGUUGUUAAAGUGUGGAAUAUGUUAGCAAGCAGACUAAUGUAUGAACAGAGUAAUAGCCUCGUAUCACCAGCAGCAGAAGAAGGUGGUUUGGCUGUGACUAACAUUCUACUCAAUAAAGCUAGAAACAUGAUUUCUGUUGUAACAGCAGAUCAUAAUAUAAUUAUUCAUGACUUAGAAACAUUUUCAUGCAUAAAGCAAAUGAUAGGUUUUACAGAUGAGAUUUUAGAUAUUAUAUUCGUUGGGAAGGAUGAGUCCCGUAUUGUGGUUGCCACCAAUAGUGCAGAUUUAAAGUAUUAUGAAUUAAACAGUAUGGAUUGUAAGUUGAUCAAAGGUCACACAGAUAUUGUUCUGGCUCUGGCAUUGUUUCCUACUAGACCUGACAUGUUUGUGUCCUCCAGCAAAGACAAUAGUGUAAGAAUUUGGUUACAAGAUGAAAAUAAGGUGAUCAAAUGCUUUGGUAUUGGCACCCGCCACACGGCUUCUGUAGGCUCAGUUUUUGCAUCACAAACAAAUCAUGAGUUUUUCACAUCUGUCAGUCAGGACAAUUGCUUGAAACUGUGGAACGUCCCACAAAAUGAAAAUGAUGGUACAGAACAAAAAAUUAUAUCGAGUUAUACUGAGCUGGCACAUAACAUGGAUAUCAAUUGUGUAUCUGUCUCGCCAAAUGAUAAAAUAAUCGCGACUGGAUCACAGGACAAAACUACAAAACUAUGGACAAAAGAAUUGUCCUUACUAGGCGUACUUAAAGGGCACAGGAGAGGAGUUUGGUGUGUGCGUUUCUCACCAGUUGACCAAGUGGUGUUGACCUCCUCAGCAGACUCAUCCAUCAAGCUGUGGUCGAUAGCAGACCUCAGCUGUUUAAAAACCUUCGAGGGCCACGAGAGUUCUGUGCUCAAAAUUGAAUUCGUAAGCAGGGGCCAGCAAAUUGUGUCUUGCGGUGCAGAUGGUCUCCUAAAAUUGUGGACUAUUAAAACUUCGGAGAGCAAAAUGUCUCUCGACAACCAUGACGGUAAGGUUUGGUCGAUGGCACUGAACAAAGACGAAUCUAUUAUUGUCACUGGCGGUUCCGACUCAAAGUUAGUAAUGCUAAAGGACGUAUCAGUCGAAAGACGGGAACAACUGGCGAAAGAAAGGGAGGAGCUAGUGUUACAAGAACAAGAGUUAAUGAACUUACUCAACGACAAAAAAUUGGUGAAGGCUCUCAAGUUGGCGUUGCGAAUGGAGAGACCUUUGCACAUUCUAAAAAUUGUCAAUGAAGUUUUAAAGUUUGGCUCCGAGAAACUAUCUAUCACAUUGAAGGAACUGAAUAAUACGCAAAAGGAGUCUUUGCUGCGUUUCGCUACUGAAUGGAACACCAACAACAAGAACUGCCAUGCUGCUCAACUGGUAUUCCAUUUGCUGACCCCAGAAAUCUUGUCAGGAAACCUGAAGCUUCCGUCGUUGACUAAAUUUGUCGAAGGCGCCUUGCCGUACACCGAAAGACACUUCGAAAGAUUGACAAACUUACUGCAAGACCUUAAUUUCAUUACAUACACCGUAAAUUGUAUGCAACCACACGCUGUGAAAAAUGUCUGAAUAAAAAAAUAUACGUA